GGAGGUGAAGGAGCUCUGGCUGGACUCACUUCUUGGGCAAACAAAAGGACUAAAGGAAACCAGAGUGUCCAGAGCUCCUCCGAUCAAACUCCUAAUGAAAGUGUUAAGCAGCUGUAAUACUUCAAAGACAGUAAAUGCUGGGAACAUGGAGCAUCUGAUUGAGUGCCAGACAGGGGCUGGUGCCAAGACAUGUCCCCUGUCAGUCCCAGCAGAUACUGAAGAUGGACUUUGCCUCUCAAAUGCAGAUGGAACAAAGAAAAGAAAGAAGGUGAUAUCACAGUCUUUUACUCUGAGACGAAGCCUUACCAAAAGAAAUUCCUCAGGACAGAUAGACUUGGAUGCCAAAAUCACUCUGUUUGGCCAUCCUCUGGCACUUAUCUGUGGGGAAGAUGACACACUGCCGCAGCCAAUCCAGGAUCUCUUAGCCAUAUUGUAUAUGAAAGGACCCUCUACUGAAGGGAUAUUCAGAAAAGCUGCCAAUGAGAAAGCACGAAAGGAGUUGAAGGAGGACCUAAACAAAGGCAGGAAUGUUGAUCUUAAAGGCAAAUCUGUGCACCUGCUGGCAGUGGUUUUGAAGGACUUUCUCAGAAAUAUUCCCUCCAAACUCCUAUCAGCUGACCUCUAUGAGAAAUGGAUGCAAGCUCUAGAGAAGCCAAGCAAGCAAGAAAAAAUCAAAGAAUUGAAAGAGGUGGCUGACAAGCUGCCGAGACCAAACCUGGUCUUGCUCAAGCUCUUGCUCACUCUGCUCCACCACAUCAGCCAAAGUGCCGAGACCAACAGGAUGGACUCCAGCAACCUGGCCAUCUGCAUUGGCCCAAAUAUGCUGAGCCAAGGGACGGACAACGCACUCCCUCUGGAAGUGCAGAAGGAGAUGAAUGACAAGGUGACGGUGUUGGUGGAGUUCCUCAUAAAAAACUGCUCAGAAAUAUUUGAGGAGGACAUUACCUUCCCUGCCUGUGCCUUGACUCAGGAGUCACCGGAGCACACAGACAGCUCCACAGAACAACUCUGUGCAGCUCAUCAGAAUGACUCUGCCUAUGACAGCCCAGAUCCUGAAGCAGAAGGCAGCCCCUGUAACUCUGAGAUGGAGCAGGUCAAAGGGAGGAGUGCUACUGUGAGCAGAAAAUAUCCAACAAAUAUCUCUGUCCCUUCACUGACUAAUUUCAGAAAUGACAUCAGCACAAUAGACAGGAGGUACUCAGAGUCAGACCUGUCCUUCCAGAACUGCCUUGAUGACACAAUAAGAAAACAAAGGCUAAACAAAAGUGAGGACAAUUUUUCAGUUCAGCAGAAACAGCUAUGGAUGGAGGCAUUGGAGGACCGUCUUGCAGGCUUACCUUCACAAUUAUCAACUGACUCUCUACCCAAAACAUCCUCCAGUUGCUCCUUGGAGAGCUCUGAUGGCUCAGUUUUCACCAGUUCCCCAGUAGUUUCGCCCUCUAGCCCCAAGAAAACCUUUUUAAAUAGGCCUCAGUCCUUUUCUACCAAGGCCACUGAAGACUGCAGUACACCUAGCAGAGAGAUCAAAAAACAUUCCAUGUCAUUCUCUUUUGCAAACCGCAGGAAAACACUAAUAAAAUCCCAGGGUUGGGAGCCUGGAAAAAACAUGUUUUUUCGGAGGGAUAGUUUCACAAAGAAAGAUGAUCAGUUCUCCUGCAGAAUUGUCCAGGAGGACAGCUGUAAUGAUGACAAACUAUUGCCUGUGGAGUAUCAGCAAAGGCUCCGUCUCAGGUCAGUUGAUGAAGUGUUCAGAGAGGUAGACCAGAAAAACCCUGGAAGACCACCGUCUUAUGAAGAGGCUGUUAAAAACUGCCUGGCCACUAAAGUUCUCUCCCAGAAUCUCACGGUUCAAACUCUGAGAUUAGCGGUGUCAAACCAGGAUGUUUUGCUGCCUCAUCCACGCAGUCACAGUGCACAGGACACAGCGUAUAUGGAUCUGAGGGAUCUACACUGUGCCAGAGUUUCUGCAUCAAAGGACUCUAACAUGGAAACUGAAACCUUCAGCAUCACUGUAGGAGUAAACUCCCGUGUGAAUUUACCUGUGACCCCAGGAGUCUACCGGAUGAGAGCCAUGUCUGAGUCCUGUCAAAAGAACAAACUUGAGUAUAUGGCUCGGAGGUGCAGCCAGCCAGUUUUUGAGGUGGAGCAGAUCCAGUAUGCUAAAGAGUCCUACGUUUAA